AAUAAAGAAAGGAAAAGGACUCAAAGCACAUUAAGCAACCAUGCUCCGCGCAAUUGUCUUCUUGGUCGGACUGGCCUUUGUUUCUGCCCUGUCAAGCGAAUUCAUUUCAAAUUACACUGUCGCGUGCAAGAGAAGUUCGCCCGAUUUUAACAAGUGUAUGAAAAACGCCUUACAAAACAUAAUUAAUGAUUUAAGCAAAGAAGAUACACCGGAGGAGGACAAGUUGGAUCCUUGGGUCAUGCCCGAGAUCCCGUUGAGCUUCGGCACCGCCGCUGAAAGAAUGGGAAUCACCAUCGGCGGCGAAACUCUGACAGGACUCGCACACACUCAGAUCAAAGGAUUCAGGUCAAAUUUGAAGAAUAAAAACAAGCUAAGGGUAGAGAUUGACAUAUUCAACAGAAGGUUGAAUUUAGAGGGGAACUACACCGCUGUAAUUAUGGGACCUGACAGUCCUUCCAUGUCCGAAGGAGAUUUUAACGUCACUAUUACUGGAAUACGAGGUACAUUGGUCCUUAAAGGACAUGUUGUCGAAAGAGAUGGUCAGGAGUAUCUGAGCAUAGAUAGGGCUGCGCUGAAACCACAAGUCACAGAUUUACACAUAGACGUAACGAAUGCCAAUGACCCGUUCCCUGAGCUCACUGGUAUAGUCACAUCUCUCGUCAACCAAUAUUGGAGGUUGGUUUACGCUGAAGCAGUUCAAUUCAUCGAAGAAGGGCUUGAUGGUAUAAUCAGGUCUUAUGUUCAAGAAGCCUUCAACGACGUACCGUUUGACAAAAUCGUUCCGGCUUAACUUCUCCUAUUUGUUGUAAAUUGUGAUACAAAUUUUAAGUUUAAAGUUUACCUGCAGUACAAUUUAACGUGACCUCAAAAAUCUUUUGAAUCUGAAAAGGAGAAAAAAAACAAUAAAUUGAAAAAUUGUGUAUUUGAAGCUUGCUAAAACUUUCAGUUUUCUAGAUUAACUAGAUAAGCUAAUUUUUCAAAAUGUUACUAACAUAUGGAAAAAAAAUUAUUUUGAAAUAAAUUAACAAAAAUAAA